AUGUCAACAGUUAGAAGUAUCUUGGCUAUUGCUGCAAGCAAGGGUUGGAGUUUAUAUCAACUUGAUGUGAAUAAUGCAUUUCUACAUAGGGAUUUGCAUGAGGAAGUAUACAUGAAACUACCUCCAAGUCACCCUCAUUCAACAAACAAAGUCUGUAAACUCAAGAAGUCACUUUAUUGUCUAAAACAAGCUAGCAGACAAUGGUUUUCCAAGCUUGCUCAUGAACUUGCACAUCAAGGUUUCUUUCAAUCUAAAAAUGAUCAUUCUUUGUUCAUUAGAAAAAAAGCAUCCAUGGCCAUCAUUGCAGCAGUUUAUGUAGAUGAUAUAGUUCUUACUGGCACUGAUCAGCUUGGUAUUCACAAUCUCAAGAAUCAUUUACAUCAGGUUUUUGGCAUCAAAGAUUUGGGCUUACUUCACUACUUUCUUGGGUUUGAAGUUGGUUACACAACUGAAGGCAUCUCUUUAACACAACAAAAAUUUACAAAAGAGAUUCUCACAGAAGCAAAUAUUACCACUGCAAAAAGGGUAGUAACUCCUUUACCAUUGCAUCUAAAGCUAAGUGCUACUGAAGGUCCUGAUUUUGAUAAUCCAACUCUUUAUAGAAGUCUAGUUGGCAAGCUCAACUUCUUAACAAAUACCAGACCAGAUUUGGCUUAUGCAGUACAAACACUAAGCCAAUUCUUACAAGCACCAAAAAACUCACAUUAUUCUGCUCUACAACAUGUAUUGCAAUAUGUCAACAAUACCAGCAGCCAGGGGAUUCUCCUAAAAGCCAGUGAUAAACUACUUCUUCAAGCUUUUAGCGACAGUGACUGGGGAGCUUGUUCUGACAUAAGAAGAUCUAUUACUGGGUAUAUUCUUUUACUAGGCAACUCUCUAAUUAGUUGGAAAAGUAAGAAGCAGGGUACCAUAUCUAGGUCUUCAGCCGCGGCAGAAUAUAGAGCUAUGAGUAGUGCUGCAGCUGAAGUAACAUGGAUUGUUAGAUUGCUUGAGGAGUUGGGUGUUGACAAACUAAAACCUGUCACCUUACAUUGUGACAAUCAAAGUGCUUUUUGUCCUGAGUUUCUUAGAGGCUUAACAUUCAUAAAUCGUGUUGGUGAUAUGAUUGUGAAAGGAAAUUUGGAAAUUUCUGAAGUAGUGAACGAAUAUAUAGCUGUAUUUGUGAUUUUGGAUUUAUAA